AUGACUGAAUCAACACCUUCCGCGCCUGAUACAGGCCCGGUGACAUCAACAGUUUGGAGAUCUAGGUUCCAAGCUGCCAUCGGCGAGAUUACGACCAUCCUAUACGUCGUUGUCCUUUUCCUUGCGAGCGAACUCAUCAUCUGGACCAUUAGCCUCGCACUUGCCCCGGUAAAUAUCGAGUAUUUCUCAGCCAUCUUGAGCAUGGUUCUUGUCUUCGCAACUAUGACCGGGAUCACAACGAUACUGCCCAGUUCCGAUCCCUUCUAUCAACUGAUGAUGAAGCCAAAGAGCCUGAAAACUGACUCAAGAUUCUGCAAGAUUGAUUUUGUAAACUCGCACCUUGGUAUUGGAUUUCCUGUCCCGAUUGUCAUGUUGGACCCCGAAAAUGUUCUCAACGCGAAGGAGAUCGCCAAGAUCAUAUGCGUUUGUGUAAUUACAAACCUCAUUUCGUGGACCGCAUGCUUCGUUGUAGCUUACUGCGUGCUUACACUCGCCACUCGAAGUACCGGUUUCACUUGCGGAAGGUUAGGAUUCAACAAUACCCAAACCGAGAAAAGAGCUCGGCGGGGAGCAGAAGCGACCAACCAGCCCAAGGAAGAGACAGAAGGUGCCUCGGAGCCUGCGAACAGAACUCCACCGACAACCCCUGCUAUCGACCUCGACGCCGAACCUGCCAAGCCCAAGUCAUCAGUGUGGGAUUCUGCUGUGGCUUUAUACCCCAUCCUCUUGCCCGUAUUUGUUGCUCUAGUGGUCGGUACUCCGAUUGCCGCCAAACUUCACGAUCACCGUGUGUUGGACAUUUGUAUUCUUCUGUGCCUAUGGAAUACCUCAGUACAGUCACAGCGUGGCUUCAAGGUUUCACGAAUCUGCUCGGGGAGUCCCCGAAUCAAGAGGAUGUUGACCACUACCAUGAAUCCUGUUCUUCUUACAACCCUGUUGACGAUCGGAUAUACGAGAUCAAAGGCCGCUGCAACAAUCGACAUGAGCCUGACUGAUCUUCUUCAUCAGUUUAGUUUUGGGACGCCACUCUACGCCAUCUGGACCUCCUCUGUGAAGCAGACUCUUCUCACUGCCAACCCUACACGAAACUUCGGUGCUGGAGAUGCAGCUCUGGCCGUUUUGGAAUGUGGGAUAGUCGUCUGGGGGUUUAAGCUCUAUGAGAACCGCCGCCAAGUUUUCAGCCUCAAUGGGCUGCUCGUUACGAUUCUGGCAACCCUUGCGGCUGCUUUCAACGUCUUUAUGGGCGUCCGUAUCGGCCGACUUGUUGGACUCGAGCCAGCAGAGUCCCUGUCAUUUGCAGCCCGAUGCACGACUUUGGCACUUGCAAGACCAAUCAUGGAAUCUGUCCAGGGCAACGCUGCCGUCAACGCAGCCUUGGUGGUCACCAACGGAAUCCUUGGGCAGUUGAUGUGUCCCUAUCUCGUGGGACUUUUAGUUGCCAAGAUGCGCAGCCAUACCGUGGAUAACCAAGAGUCUUCCGGAUAUACAAGCCCCCAGGAAAGCCCCGCAGAAGCCUCAAGUUCAGGAUCCCAGUCACCAUUGAUGACCGCGCCAAAACCCCAGACCGAACCAGCGUCGCCAAGAACGCCAACAACAAGAUUGGGCGGACAGGAGGUCGUGGGCAAUAGCCCGGCAACCCUCGCACUCAACUUCACCAUCGGAGCCAAUGCAGCAGCCAUGGGGGUUGCAUACCUGUUGGAGAUCGGAUCGCCCGCCGCCGCCUUCGCCGUUCUGUCGAUGAUUGUGUAUGGUGUUAUGACUGUGGUGUUCGCCACCGUGGAGCCAAUGAGAUCCGCCGUGAUCUCGCUGGCCGCAUAG